CGACUGCGCGCAACACGGAGCAUAAGAUGCCACCGAAUCCCACCUUCAUCAUGGAUAGGCGUUUUUCACUGCGCAUGCUUCACUCUACGUCUACCGUCUUCUCCUGUGCUUUUUAACUUGUUCUCACGGAGAUGGAGCUCCCGCCGCCGGACCUAGUAAUAGCCUACCAGUCCGGGCUCAGCCUUCCGCAUGCUGGACACAACAACGCUACCGCGCAGCAACAUGCUGCAUCGUACGGGUUUGAUCAGAGCUUAGGCCCUAUUUGGCAGGCAGGACUCACGGGGGAGCAGCUCGCGAUGACGGAAUACCAACACCGCGAUCUACAGCCAUUCACUCGGACUUCCAUAUCACAGCCUGGUCACGUGCUUCUCGAUGUGAUGCCUGUUGGUGAUCCAGCCCGGCCUCGAAAGCGCAAAGCAGCAACUUUGCGUGAGGAGGACUGGGAGCCUUACAAAGAGCGCAUCCUCGACUUGCACGUCGUGCAGAAGAUACCUUUGCCCAAAGUGAGGCAGAUGAUGGAGGAGGAGUACGGCUUCAAAGCCGAGCUUCGACAGUACCGAUCGCGCAUUAGUCUGUGGGGCAAGGACAAGAACGUCAAGCUGCAGGAGAUGCAAGCGAUUGUGCGGAAGCGACAGCGGCGGAAGCUUGUCGACAAACACAAGAGCCCGCUGGCUUUCGAGGUUCGAGGCAGCCAGGUAGAUCCGCACAAAGUUGAGCGGUGGAUGAAGCGACACAAGGUCCCAGACAGCUUGCUAUACGAGCCCAUUCCGGCAGCAUCCACGCCGCCGGAUGUGGGAUGCCGUACGAUCUCCAUGCCAGGCUCGCCUGCCAUGUCCGUCAUUUCUGUGCGCUCGGCAGCCGCUUCGAUUUGGUCUCUGACAGACAGAUACGACCGGUCGCAGACUCCGCGGAUGUCGUUGCCUACCUUGUCAGUCUCGAGCAUCGUCCGAAGUCGAUCCAGUGGAUUCGAUGGGCAAAGCCCCACACUCACACAUCGAUCACCUCCGAGCCUCCAAAUCAGCCUCUUCCAUGACUCGAACGCCUGCGGAAGCACCGUUCAUGUCGAAAUACAAUCUAGAUACAAACAGGAUGAGGAAGAGCGCCUUCGAGAUACCCUUUUCGUGGCGGAACUAAUGUUCCUAUGCGAUCCUUCGGAAAUACUGGACACGCUGUUCGACUUGGGAUACGUUCUUCUUGCCCAAGGGCGGUAUAAGGCUGCAGAGGAUGUGGCCCAUAAACUGAUCGACAGUCAGCAAAGCCCGAGUGGUGGUAGUGGCAAGAACACGGAGAUACUAGAUGCCUUGAUUCUGUUCAGUGAAGUGCUGGGGCACCAAGGAAGGUAUGCGAAGGCCGAGGAAGUGUUGCGACACAUAAUCCCAGGCAGGAAUUGGCUCGCUCAUCAGUAUGGAAUGAAGGUCGCCUGCCUUUUCAACCUUGGGUGGGUGCUGACACAACAGGGACAAAACGAAGAAGGAGAGGCAGUGCUUCGACAGGCGGUAGAAAUAGGAGCGGAGAUGCUUGGGCCAGAGGACAUUAGAACGCUUAACAGUAUCUCGGCCCUUGCGGAUUUCAUGGAGCAGAUAGGCAGGCUGACGGAGGCGGAAGCGAUGCACAGAGAGACGCUGGCAACAGAGAAAGCAAUACUUGGGCUUGAACAUGCUAAUACGUUGUCAAGUAUGUCUAGUUUAGCGGAUGUACUAGACAGCCAAGGCAAGGAUAUUGAAGCAGAAGAAUUAUACCGAGAGACGAUAGCGCUAAAGAAGAAGGUGCUUGGGCCUGAACAUCCUGAUACCCUGGUAACAACGAACAACUUGGCGGUUUUACUCCAAGAUCAAGGCUUGUACAAAGAGGCGGAAGAGCUAUACAAAGAAACGAUGGCACUGAGGAAGAGGGCGCUAGGGCUGAAGCAUCCUGAAACAUUAACGAGUAUGCAAAACUUAGCAUAUCUACUGCAUCUUCGAGGCAGGUACCACGAGGCGGAAGAGCUGUACAGGGAAACAAUAGCACUCAACAUGAGGGUACUUGGGCUGGAGGAUCCCAGGACGCAGAAAUGCAUGGAAAGCCUUGAGGAAAUGUUGACAGAACAGGGGCGGUACGAUGAGAUGGUCCCUUACAUAGAAUAGAGUAUUGAUGUGGUUCUUAAUUUGGA